GUUCAUUGCCGAAGAAUGCCGAAGCGUAGUUCGUGCCUUAUUCAAGCUUUUAAAGUGGUUUCAUUGGGUCCACCAUUAACACGUAACGCCGUUCCAUUGCGCGUUUUUCACUCGACGGUCAGUCGGCAUGAUAAAAGUCCGUUGUUAUUGCCAGCGAUCAGUUGCUGUUUAGAACGUUCCACGCAACGGAGCGUGUUCUUCGACAAGAAACCUAUCCUCACACUGGCUUUUCAGCGAAUAUCGCUAAGAAAUUAUUGUUGUAAGAAGAAUUCCAAAGACAACGACGAAGAUAUGUCUGAAAUACAGAGGGAUCCUGCUUCCGAGCAGUUGAACGAGUACAAGUCAAAAACGGGGAGUAAAUCUCCGGUAUUGCUAACCGGAAAUGGAGUACCCAUUUCCAAUAAAAAAGCUAGUUUGACAGUGGGUCCACAAGGCCCCAUACUGCUGCAAGAUUACGUUUUCCUGGAUGAACUGUCACACUUCGACAGGGAAAGGAUUCCAGAACGUGUAGUACACGCGAAAGGAGCUGGUGCGUUCGGAUAUUUCGAAGUUACCAAUGACAUCACAAAAUACACUAAGGCCAGUGUAUUCUCCAAAGUCGGGAAAAGGACACCCAUCGCCGUGAGAUUUUCAAGCGUGGGUGGUGAGUCUGGCUCAGCGGACACGGUCAGGGAUCCCCGCGGUUUCGCCGUCAAAUUCUACACCGAGGACGGUAUCUGGGACUUGGUUGGCAACAACACCCCCAUCUUUUUCAUCAAGGAUCCCCUCUUCUUCCCUAGCUUUAUCCACACGCAGAAGAGAAAUCCUGUUACACAUUUGAAGGAUGCCGACAUGUUCUGGGACUUCCUUAGUCUAAGACCGGAGUCGAUACACCAGGUGUUGUUCCUGUUCUCCGAUCGCGGUAUCCCCGACGGUCAUCGCCACAUGAACGGUUACGGUUCACACACGUUCAAGCUUGUGAAUGCCAACAACGAGAUGGUUUACUGUAAAUUCCACUACAAGACUGACCAAGGAAUCAAGAACAUUCCCGUCGAAAAGGCAGCAGAAUUAAGCGCAUCAGAUCCUGAUUACUCUAUCAGAGAUCUUUACAACGCGAUCGCUAGUAAUCAAUACCCAACUUGGUCGUUCUCCAUUCAAGUGAUGACUCCGAAUCAAGCAAAGAAUUUCAAAUGGAAUCCUUUCGACGUGACCAAGGUCUGGCCGCACAAGGAAUUCCCGCUGAUUCCUGUUGGUAAGCUGGUGUUGGACCGAAAUCCUGAAAAUUACUUCACUGACGUGGAGCAAAUAGCCUUCGAUCCGGCUCACAUGAUACCUGGUAUUGAACCAAGCCCUGACAGAAUGCUACAGGGUCGGCUAUUCUCUUACGGCGACACUCACAGGCAUCGUCUUGGACCCAAUCAUCUUCAAUUACCAGUCAAUUGUCCAUUCAAAGCAAUUUCCGCCAUGAACUUCCAACGAGAUGGUCUAAUGGCUGUGCACAAUCAAAACGGUGCACCGAACUACUUCCCUAACAGUUUCAAUGGACCCAAAGAGUGUCCUGCCGUUCGUCCACCAAAGUUCAACGUCAGCGGGGACGUGGACCGUUACGAACCCCAGAACGAGGACGAUUUCGGGCAAGCUGGCAUGUUUUAUAGAGAUGUUCUGAACGCGGACGAGAGGAAGAGACUUGCGGACAACAUAGUAGGAAGUCUUCGCAACGCGUCCACGUUCAUCGUCGAGAGAGCCGUGAAAAACUUUACUCAAGUGGAUGCCGACCUCGGCAGGAAAUUAACCGACGGUCUUCGUAAAGCCGGCGUGAGGAUCAACGUCUUUGGCAAAACUGCCAGCUUAUAAAAUCAUUCUAUUUUCUAUUGCAAUAGUUACCGAAUGUUAUAUUAUAGACACCUACACAAUACAAUUGUAACACCUUCAACGAAUAAAGCACAUUAUUAUUUUGGUUA